AUGGGGAAAAAAAAACUCAUGAAUGGUUAUUUUUGUAGAUUUUUAAGGUAUUUUACUACCUACCAUUUAACACUUCAGAUUAUCCUUAAUUUCUCGUUCAUAGGCAAUGUUUCGGCAGAAGGCACUGAGAAUCUUGGUACAAUUGGUGGGUGUUUACCAAGUUUAGAUGCUAUAUCAAAAAAAACGGUUGGUUUCAAUGUCAAGUUUUACAACUAUCAUUGGUUAUCAUAUAAUGAUGCUACUAAUCGUGGAUCUCCAGAUUUGACAACUUAUGCAACUCCAGCAUAUUACAAUGGUGGUUACUUAGAACAGGGUCAAUUUGGAGAAACUAAUGGUGCAAUUUCUUUUGAUUAUACAUUUAAUCUACCAAGCUCUCAAUCUCUUCAAGCUGUAAAGGGACAAUUACCAUCUGGAUACAAUUAUGAUCAACCUGUUUAUUUAACUAAUUGGACAUUUGUUGCUACUGGCUAUUUUCUUCCAACAAUAUCUGGCAGCUAUAAAUUCACAAUAGGUUAUGUUGAUGAUUUAGCAAUUGUCUCUAUUGGUGGUGGAACUGCCUACGAUUGUUGUAUGGCAAGUGACUCAUCAGAAUAUCUAAAAUCAUAUCAAAUAAACUCUAUCUGGUCUUCAUCUGGUCCUACAGGCGUUAAUAACUUGGUGAUAGACCUCGUUGCAGGUGUAUAUUAUCCGAUUAGGCUAUUUCAUACUAAUAGACAGUGGGCUGGUGGGUUAACCUUUGGAUACACUGAUCCAAAUGGAAAUUAUACCAAUUAUUGGAACAAUACUGUUUAUACUCUCCCAGAUGCCGAGGAAGUUUGUAACGCAACUACUGUAACCACAACAGUUCCUUGGGGACAAUCUUAUACGACUACAAAAACUACUGUUCAACCAAUUACUAUAUCAUCAACAACAAAAGAAAUAAUCAAUGUUAUAGUAGAAACACCUCAGGUUGUCUCUACCACAACCAAAAAGUGGACUGGUUCUUUUACCUCUACAUAUGCCACCAGCUUAUUUACUACCACUAGAUCAGAUGGUGUUUCAAUUACUUCGACCGUUAUAUAUGUAGAAACCCCAAAUGAUGAGUCUACUACUUAUACGCCAUGGACCGGUGCAUUUACUUCUACUAUUGGUACUAGUGUUACCACUAGUAUUGGAUCAGACGGUAUUCCAACCACAUCUACUAUCUACACAGUUGAGACACCAACUAGCAACGAUGUUAGUACUACAUAUACGCCAUGGACUGGUGCAUUUACUUCUACUAUUGGUACUAGUGUUACCACUAGUAUUGGAUCAGACGGUAUUCCAACCACAUCUACGAUCUACACAGUUGAGACACCAACUAGCAACGAUGUUAGUACUACAUAUACGCCAUGGACUGGUGCAUUUACUUCUACUAUUGGUACUAGUGUUACCACUAGUAUUGGAUCAGACGGUAUUCCAACCACAUCUACUAUCUACACAGUUGAAACUCCAGAAGUUGAUGCUGCUAGCACUACAUACACACCAUGGACUGGUGCAUUUACUUCUACUAUUGGUACUAGUGUAACUACUAGUAUUGGAUCAGACGGUAUUCCAACCACAUCUACGAUCUACACAGUUGAGACACCAACUAGCAACGAUGUUAGUACUACAUAUACGCCAUGGACUGGUGCAUUUACUUCUACUAUUGGUACUAGUGUAACUACUAGUAUUGGAUCAGACGGUAUUCCAACCACAUCUACGAUCUACACAGUUGAGACACCAACUAGCAACGAUGUUAGUACUACAUAUACGCCAUGGACUGGUGCAUUUACUUCUACCAUUGGUACUAGUGUAACUACUAGUAUUGGAUCAGACGGUAUUCCAACCACAUCUACGAUCUACACAGUUGAGACACCAACUAGCAACGAUGUUAGUACUACAUAUACGCCAUGGACCGGUACAUAUACAUCUACUAUUGGUACUAGUGUAUUCACCACUACCGGUACGGAUGGCAAACCAACCACUUCUACCAUUUACACAGUUGAAACACCAAUGGUUCCAGAUAGUACCACCUACACACCAUGGACUGGUACAUAUACAUCUACUAUUGGUACUAGUGUACUCACUACUACCGGUACAGAUGGUAAACCAACCACUUCUACCAUUUACACAGUUGAAACACCAAUGGUUCCAGAUAGUACCACCUACACACCAUGGACUGGUACAUAUACAUCUACUAUUGGUACUAGUGUACUCACCACUACCGGUACGGAUGGCAAACCAACCACUUCUACCAUUUACACAGUUGAAACACCAAUGGUUCCAGAUAGUACCACCUACACACCAUGGACUGGUACAUAUACAUCUACUAUUGGUACUAGUGUACUCACUACUACCGGUACAGAUGGUAAACCAACCACUUCUACCAUUUACACAGUUGAGACCCCAGUGGUUCCAGAUAGUACCACCUACACACCAUGGACCGGUACAUAUACAUCUACUAUUGGUACUAGUGUAUUCACCACUACCGGUACGGAUGGCAAACCAACUACUUCUACAAUCUACAUAGUUGAAACACCAAUGGUUCCAGAUAGUACCACCUACACACCAUGGACCGGUACAUAUACAUCUACUAUUGGUACUAGUGUAUUCACCACUACUGGUACGGAUGGCAAACCAACCACUUCCACCAUCUACACUGUUGAAACUCCAGAAAAUCAAGGUGUUACUACUACCUACACACCAUGGACUGGUACAUACAUUUCUACUAUUGGUACUUCAAUUUUCACUACUACUGGUACUGAUGGUAAACCAACUACAUCUACCAUUUACACUGUUGAAACACCAACCAACCAUGACAUUAGUACUACAUUCACAUCUUGGGGUGGUGCUUACACUUCGACGUAUUCCACUGACAUUUUUACUGUUACUGGCUCUAAUGGAUUGUCUACCACUUCCACUAUCAUUUACGUUGAAACACCAGGAUUUGGUUAUUUCAACACUACUAGUUCUAAAUAUUUACCAUUUACUACUCUUCCAGGUACUAUUAACACUCAGACAUCUACAAACCCAAGUGAAGGUAGAUCCACAUCAGAAACCUUUACUAAUUCAGCUCCAGGUACUACCUCCACUUCUGAAACUGUUUCUCCAGUUAAUCCAACUACUGAGACACCUGGAUUGCCUUCUAGUGUUACAAGAACUACUGUGAUUGUUACAUCUGGCAGAACUAUAACCUCGACUAUUGUCACAUGCGAUGCUACUACCACCACUGUUCCAAACAAUAACAACAACAAUAAUGGUGGUUCUAACAAUUCCGAUUCCGAAGUUUAUUCUGUUAGUUCUGAGACUUCCAAUACACCAGUUACUGUUACUAAGACUAGUGUAUUCACUACAUCUGGUAGUACCAUUACUGCUACUAUCACAUCCACUAUUGUUCCAAAUAACAACAACAACAACGGUGGAUCUAGUAGUUCUGAAACUGGUAAUACACCAGUUAUUGUUACUAAGACUAGUGUAUUCACUACUUCCGGUAGUACUAUCACAUCUGUUAUUACAUCCACUAUUGUUCCAAACAACAACAACAACGGUGGAUCUGGUAAUUCCGAAACUUCUAAUACACCAGUUACUGUUACUAAGACUAGUGUGUUUACCACAUCUGGUAGUAUCAUUACUGCUACUAUCACAUCCACUAUUGUUCCAAAUAACAACAACAACGGUGGAUCUGGUAAUUCUGAGACUGCUAAUACACCAGUUACUGUUACCAAGACUAGUGUAUUCACUACUUCCGGUAGUACUAUCACAUCUGUUAUUACAUCUACUAUUGUUCCAAACAAUAAUAAUGAAAACGGAUCAGGUUCUCCAGGCAAUGCUAGUGAAUAUGUUGACACUAUUUCUUCUGGUUCUGUUUACACCACUGUUACCAAGAGUGGCAGUGGCAACUCUGGUAAUUCCAACAAUGUUGUUACCAAGACUACAUCUGGUGGCAAAGUUAUUACCACCACUAUUCAAUCAGAAACUAUUUCUAGCACAGCUGCUAUUGAGGUUCAAAGUAUUCAAUCUCAACCAGCAUCUAGUGGAUUAAUUUCUAUUUAUCAAGCUGGUGCUGUUUCAAACAGAAUAUCUACUUUCAAGAUGUUCUUUACUUUAUUUGUUUUAUUUUUCAAUUUAUUUUAG